AGAGAGCUAUGGAGUUUCAGGACCACCCCCACCAGAACCAGAACCAUCUCUCUCAUCAUCAACAACCAGAGGAGGAAGAAGAAGAAGAAGAUAAAAUGGCUCUCCAGAAGCAAGACGACGACGCCGCCUUUCUGCGCUCCGUACUCCCCCCCGAUCAUCAUCAUCAUGUUCACCCUCAACAGCAACCCCCUCCCUCGCCCAAAUCCCCACCUCCCUCCACCUGGCUCGACGCCUCCCACCUCCGCCGCCCCCGCCACAACUUCUCCGCCGGCUCCCCCAACAACUUCCUCCACCUCCAGACCUCCGACGACCACCGCUGGCUCUCUCCCCACGACUCCACCAAGAAGAACCCCGUCCGGGAGGAGAAUUGCAACGGAGAGAUGCAAGGCUGGGAGAGGGAUAAGUGCAAGGCCGACGUCCUGAACCACCCUCUGUACGACCAGCUGCUGGCGGCUCACGUCUCCUGCCUCAGAAUCGCCACCCCCGUCGACCAGCUCCCCAGAAUCGACGCUCAGCUCGCCCAAUCCCAAAGCGUCGUCUCUAAGUACUCCCUUCUAGCUCAGGCCCACCCUCCUUUGGAUGACAGAGACCUUGAUCUAUUCAUGGUAUAUUAUUCCUCUCUUUUUCAUUUUUUAAAUUUGAAAAAGGAACCCUAUACCUUCGAAAUUCAGUCUUACUAAUCUUCUAUAUUUGAACUCCCCUACUU